AGAAAACCUUUUUUCUAUCUCUUAAAAAGUAAAGCGACGUUUCAUCGAGAUAAGACGAGAUACAUAGGAAGUGUUUGGUCAAGGCCGAUCCUGAGAUCCGAAAAAGGGCCCCUUCGCAUUUAUGACAUAAAAAAAAAAAUAUACAGGAUGGAACUUGAAUCUCCAAAAUAUGAAUUUUUGAAUGAGGAAGACACGAAGAAAAUGCUGAGAUUAUUUAAAGGCGAAAGAACAGGUUGGGUGCUAGUAGGAUCUAAAAAGUGGUUCUUUCCGUAUAGAUAUACGGAACAAGGUAAAGGUUUUUAUAACUUUAAGGCACGAUCAGAUGAUACUUGGGUUCUAUCUUAUCCAAGGUCCGGUACAACAUGGACUCAAGAAUUAGUUUGGCUAUUGUCAAACGAUUUAGAUUUCGAAAGGGCACAGAAAGAACUUCUGGCAGAACGAUUUCCGUUUCUUGAAUUUAGUUUGUUCAAUCAUCCAGAAGUGACGCUCGAAUUUUUAAAAAUAAACAAGGGCGAUAAAGAUAAAGAAGAAUUAUGUAGAAAAAUUGCGGAGCCAGGGUACGAAGUCUUAGCGAGAAUACCUUCUAAGAGAUUCAUUAAAUCACAUUUUCCAUUUAGUUUGUUACCUGGUAUUUUGGAUACUGGUUGUAAGGUAAUAUAUAUUGCACGAAAUCCAAAAGACGUUGCUGUCUCUUGGUAUCAUUUAAACAAAGCAAUUAAAACUCAAGGGUAUACAGGUGAUUUUGCAACAUUUUGGGAUUAUUUUCAAAAUAAUCUUACACCAUGGAGUCCCUAUUGGGAACAUUUAAAGGAAGCAUGGGGAUAUAAAAAUCAUCCAAAUCUUUUAUUCAUGUUCUAUGAAGAAAUGCAACAUGAUUUUCCAAAGGCAAUUAAAAAAGUUGCUAUGUUCCUUGGAAAAAUCUAUAGCGAGGAACAAAUAAAAGAAGUUGCAAAUUAUUUAAAUAUUAAAAACUUUCGGAAUAACCCAAUGGUGAAUUCAUCUGAGUUAAAAGAAUGUGGUAUUAUAACUGCUGGAACAUUUGUUAGGACUGGUCAAAGUGGUAACUGGAGGGAUAUGUUUACCCCUGAACUUGAUGCUAAGGCCAACAAAUGGAUAGAAGAAAAUCUUAGAGAAACUGAUUUCACCUUUCCAUAUUUUAACAACAUUAAUGACUAUCAAUGUAGAUAUAAUUCAGAUGUAAGACAAAUGGUUACCCCUCUUCAUCGAUUUCAAAAUCUGAAUGCUAUGGAAAAUGCAGCUGGUCCUAGUAAUUUAAAUAGUUGCAGAGUGAUAAGAACUUCGUUAAGAACUAAUAAUGAUACCCGAAACAAUUUUCCGGUUGACUCUACUCAACGUACCCAGCUAAACAACAUCUCCAAUAAUGUAACAACUGCUGGAAAUAAUCAAUUAAUAUUGUCAAAUACUGCUACAAGUGGAACGAAUAGAAGUCUUUUGGAUUUUUCUGAAUUUAAUGAUGCAGAACUAGCAAGUUACAGAUUAAGAUGCGGUGUUUGGAUAACAUUUGUAUUUGCAACUGGAUUCGUUGCCGCAGCAAAAUUUUACUUCGGUGAUCAAGGUCAAGGCAUAGAAGUUUUUGUAUUUUGGGGUCUGCUAACAUUAUUAUUAUUGUUCGCAUGUUUGUAUUCGAUUCUAUGCCGCCGAAAUCACCGGAGUAAUCAUCAAGAACACCACGUUCAAGAGGACCACAUUGCGUCUGUAACUGCUACAAAUACAAUGUCCAAUGAAAACGCUAGACCUAUUUCUGUAAUAAGGCAAAAUCCACCACCACCCUAUCAUAUUGCUAUUUUGAUUCCACCGCAUAAUUCAUCGGACGAAGCUCCACCGCCGUCUUAUGAUAAAGUUAUGCGAUGACUUAACAUCGUUAAAUUGACAUAAGAUUGUAUAGAAUGCUAUCACUAUUUUUUCAUACAUUACAUUUUUUAAGGAAUGAAACACUCAUCAGUGAUAUCAUCAAAGUGUGUUAUUAAACAUAAAUAUUUCAUCAUCGAGCUUUUAAUUUAUGCAAUUGAAGGAAAAAUGAAAACCAUCACGAUUUUUCUAGGAUAGGUAAACUUUACAUCUGUGAUAUAAAUAGUGAAGUAAUCUGAAGAUAUCAUUCUUUAUAGCAUUUGUGAACUAAAAGAAGCAUAAGAAGAUUAAUGCCCGAAUAAAAGAUAAACACAAUAUCUACGAAACUUAAGGUAUUUUUUGAAUUCCAAAAAGGUACGUGUUUUUCGUUCACAUACUUAAAUAAAUACUUGUGAUUUAUUUCAUUAGAAAAUAAUACAUUCUUUAAAAAAGUAACUGUCGUUUCACAUGUGAAAAGCUGUACAUUGUGAACAAAGAAGGAAGUAAAAUAUAUAAUUUAAAUUUAUAUUAAUAUAUUUAUUUCUUAAAAAAAGAAAAUGAAAUUUAGAGUCACAUUUAACGCAUAAAUUGUUCUUCCUACAAUCCAUAAAAUGUAAAAUGCUUCAACACACACUAAUUCUACUAUGUAAGAUUAAAUAAAAACAUAGGCUAAGUAUUGUAUAUGUUUUAUAAUACUUACUUAUACACGUGUAUAUAAUUUAAGUAAGUGCAUACACGCGAUGCGUACAUACAUAGAUUUUGACUAUAGUAUAAAUUCAACUAAUAAAUAUAUAUGUGAUUUUAUGUUUUCUGUGUGUGUUUUAAUAUUAAAAUUGCAUACAUUAUGUAAAUUAUAGUUUGCAAAGAAAUUUUGCUUUGUAUUUGAAACAAAUUUUUACAAUACAUUAUUACAUAGAAUAUUGUAUUUAGUACUUAUAACUAUUAACGAUUUUCAAGCUAUAUUUUUGUACACCAAAAAUGUAGCUUGAAAUAAAGAAUCAUUCGGUUUGUUAUUUUGUUCCCUUUUUACAUUCUUUUUUAUACCAAAUUUAUUACAAACCUCUAGGCAAUAUUACAAUUGUUUAAUUAAACAUAGGCGCUUGUUCUGUAUGCACAGCAUGAAUAAGUACACAUUACUUUAUUACGAAAAUAAUCGUACACAUUGAAACGACACGCUUUCUCAUAAACUAACAAUCAAAAUUAUAUAAUUGCAUCAUCAAUUUUAAAGAAUGUUACAUUCCCUAGAUCACUAUAUUUAUUUAUUUUGUACAAAUUUAAACCAUGAGGGAAACUUUCAAAGAAGUUAAUAAAUUAAUAUUAAAUUAAUUUUUUUAAAAAGAAUUACAGUUAGAUGUCAUGCAUAUUUCACUUUACAUACAAAUAUUGUAAACUACAUUUAAAAAGCGAAGUAAAUAAAAAAAGAAUUACGAUUUUACGACUGUAAUGAAAAUGUUCUAGAAACUCUAAUAGAAAGUUGCCAAUUUUGGAACUGGACGGAAAAGAAAAGUUUCAAAAUAGGUCAUUCUCUACUAUUGUUCUUUUUUACCAUCUUCUUAAAAUAACUUAUGAUAAUUAUAUAUUACUAACAUUUGUUUUUUAAUAUUAUGAAUAUAAUAUUUUAUAUCAGAAUAGUAUAGAAAUUUCAGUGCAAGUUACUAAUAAUAUUUCACUGUGUUUAAACUCUUUGGAUUUCAAAUAACUUUACGUCAGUAUCAUACCAAAUUGGGGGUUCGACGUUCCUCAAGUAUAUAACACCCCACAUGUACGUUCUAAACCAAGCAGUUGUUCCUGCAUUGGGUUGAUAUCUCCUGAUAAGAAUAGGAUGUGGUACGGGUAGUAAACCAACUAAUGUACCGUGUUGUAAAAAUUUCAAUAUUUCACUUUCAUCUGUCAGACCCCUAUGAAAAAAUAUGAAUGAAUCGUACAAUUUGAAAAAUUGAUACAAUAAAUUAUACUCACUUAUCGAUACAUAUUUUUUCAACUUGAGGUACGAGAACUUGAAGUAAACGCAUAAUAGUUUGUAACGGAAGUUUACUCUUCCACUGAUACACCCACUCACUAGAAGGAACCCACUGAUUUAUAUUGUUAGAAGAAUUUGUGUGUUCCGCAACUCUGAUACCUCCUUUCUAUUUAAUGAAUAAAAAAUAAUGGAUGAACAAUUUAUAAAUAUUAGACAAUAUAAUAAAUUAUUAAUAUCGUUAUGUUCUUACAGGUAUAACAGAGCUUUUAGCAGAGUUCAUUAAUUCUUCUGUACCAGUCCCAUUAUUUUGGUGAUUAGAUUUUCCUACAUCCACAUUCACUGAAGGACUUAAUGGAUGCGCAGAUUCUUUCUCAGUCAUUUUCUCAAUACCUAAAAACAAAUACGAACAGAUAACAAUGCGUUUAUGUAAUCAGAUAUAUAAUCAGAUAUUAUAAAUUUACCUGGAGUCUCUAAUAGGGAUGCUUUUAAAGUUCCAGGUUCAGCUGGCUGUGCAGGAUGCGAACCUUCCAUUGCAGCUUCGCUAACAUUUUCAUUAGAUGUACUAGCAGGUACGUGACGACGUUGUCGUUUACUCAGGGAUUUUGCAAUUGUAUUGCAGUCACUUGGUAAAUUUGCUAAUGCAUGGAACACUUGUCGUUUACGUAUAAUAGUAUAAACCAGAUUACUGUUUCCAUCAAAUUGAUACUGGGGCCGAGAAUAAAAACCAUGGUGUACUAAAUGCUUCGAGUAAAUGCAAUAAUUUAGUACUAGCCACCAUUGAUAAUGUUUUAAGAUAUGGAGAAACGUUGACUAGAAUCGUUAGUAAACAGUCAAAUAGCGGCUGUAGUCUUUGGUGUCCAGUUGUAAUUAUCUUGUGGAAAACGUAUCGUGAAAGCUUACACUGAUCUGCUCGUGAGUCAUUCAGAUGAUACAGUAUGGGUACCAACACCUCGAGAACGUCGGAACUUUUUAAUACAUAAUAUAAGAAUUUCUUAUUGUAAUCACACAUUUUCCAAAAGAACACCAAUAACUCUUGGUGAAAGUGUACUUUUUUCGUUGAGUUUGGUACAAAAUUUACCUUCAUCUCGAUGGAUACGACUAAGAUAAUUAAUAAAUAAAUUAUCUCCAACAACUCCUUCUUCUAACGGAGUACCACCACUGGUAUCAUGAUCCAAUGUUACUAUGAGAAUUUGUAACGAAACAUCAACUAGUGGUUCCAAGGAGUCAGUAAAUAAUAAAUGAUUGUAUGGUACUCCAAGCCCGACAGGAUCAUACGCACAUACUGUAUUCAACAAUGAUGUGAACAUAGGCAAAGCAUAACUGGUUAAAUAUUGGAUCCAUCUAUUUGGUGUAACUGAAAGAUCCAUUGGAGGGUUGUACAUGGUUUCACUGAAGCAUGUAAGUAACAGCUUCAAUAAUUCUGUUCUAUUUGAAUCUAGAAUUGGGUAUCUAGGAGGUGAAUGCGCAAAUCCUACACCAGCUUCCCAAAUAUAUUCACAGCUAUCUAUAGACUGUAAUUCUUCUGCCUUAUCCUAGCUACUGUAAAAUCAGGGCAGAACAACAAAUCCUAAAAUAAAAAUUUGAGUUUAAAACAACUUGUUUUUGUCUCCUGUUAAUUUUAAAAAGUAUAUCAAUGCUCACACAAAGUGCAUUGAGUAGAGAAUGGGCCAAGGGGAUACUUUCUUCAUCUUCUUUACCAGGUAAACUGGACCAAAAGAAUCCCUUCCAAUCAGGAUCUUCAAAAAUGUAAGGUAACAGUCUUGUCAAUAAGCGGCAACAAUUUAAAACUGUUUGUUGUUCUCUCUGUGUUCUACAGCUAUUAUCAACUGCUUUCACUAGUUUUUCCACAGCUUUAUAACAUAAUGUAGCUAAAUUGGAAGGUGCUUCUUCUCUUAAUAUACGAAUUUCUUGUGCAGGGACUAGAGUAAAUAUGUCUUGCACAUUAGUAACGUUUUCAGACCAAAAUUGGUCCCAGAAUGUGUCAUCUGAAGCAUCAAUCACCUACAAUUAAAAAAGAAUGAGGUGUAUUUUUUUAACUUAAAUUAUAUGUGGUCAGUGAAGGAUAGGAUUCAAUGAACUUUAUACUGAAGGAAGUAUUAUUAUUUAUCCAAAUAAAAAGACGAGAUCAAUUAACAAUUAACGAUUUGUAUAUAUCUUGUUGCACUGAAACGUCAAACAGCUUGAUGCAUCAUAAGCAGGAUUUUGCUUCAAUAUGUCUACUGCUUUUGUAGAAAAAUCACAGCAGUAUACAAAUAAACUUGGAUCUCUGUUAUACAAAAGUAUUGGAAACACUGUAUUGCCUACACCACAGCCAAUUUCUAAAAUUUUAUGUCCAGUUUUACUAGGUAAAUCAAGGAUUCUAAUAUGAGUUUCUUUAUCAUCUUCAUUCUUGCUUUCAUUUACAGAUCUCAAAGAUUGUUUUAAAUUUUCUUUUACAGUAUCAACUGCUAGCUCUGGAAAUUCUGUAAACAACCAAUGUCUGUCUUUGAAAAAUCUGCAAUGUUAUAAAUCAUCGUAGAUACAAUAGGACUUGCAGAUCAACGACCUAGGAGACAGAUAUAGGUUGAGGGCGCAUGGUAUGCGGAAACAGGAUGGGUGUGACGCAGAGGGUGCAGGUUGAGGGUGGUAUAUUGCGUCAUUGGGUGAUUGGAAACACGAGGAUAAAAUCGUUGUACAAGAUUGUCCAGUAUAGAAGAGGAAGAUAAUGAAGAGCUAAUUCAUAGGCUACGUUUAUUUAAAUGAUAAAGAUCAAUACAUGGUUACAAUCUGAAUAUACUGAUGCUGAAUAUGAGUAACCUUUUAAUAUCUUCACUACAAAUAAUCAGUUGGAGAUUCGUCCCUCAUAGAACACUUGUUUUUUAUAAAAUAAACGAUCUCCAAUUUCAUGAGCAGAUCAGGAGAGAAAGGAGGAAGUAUAAGAUUAACUGUAACCGUUUAAGAAGAACAUUUUAUUGCCUUAAAGAUAUUAAAUACAUGAGUCCCUUUCCACGAGAAUACGUUGCUAAGGGCUACAAGUUUCUUCUUCCGUUACUGCACGGUGCUUCAUGGCUCAUCGUGGGUGGCUACCGUGAUGUCCUAAUCCCACCAAGUCCCUAGGGGUGAGAUCGAUACAUCCAUUUCUCUUUCCCUUAUGUUUUUACCGGGUACUUGCUGAAGGAUUUGCAGAAAAUGAAAGGGGUUGCGCAGACAGAGCGGUAGGAAAGCAUGUGCACAGGACAUCAAGGAACAAAAGGACGAAGACAAAGAUCAGAACUUAGGGAGAGAAGAGGAGGAAUAUUUUUUUUACAUAGAACUUCUCAUGCAUUACUUGGGUGAAUCUUAUUUAUUAAAAUAAGGACGUCCGAUUAUUCCGUAUCUUCAAAGAUUGAUUUUAAUAAAUUCCUCAUCAUUUUUAGAUCCCAAAGGUAAGGGAAGGCACAAGUAGGGCACUGUUGGACGCGGCAUUAAAGUGAAAAAACGAAAGGAAAGGGAUGAAAGUCAUCGAGUUCCCUCUUCCUGUAUCUACCAUCCUCAAGCUUGCACGGUCGCGUUCGAUAAAUUUAAUGCGCGCACCAAACUCGAAAGCGCCUAUUGGCGUCGAGAAAUUUGCAGGGAACGAAGGGUCUCCACGUUGACGGGACAAGAAUGAGAGAAACAUACAUAGAUAGAGAGUGGAAAGGGAUACGGAGGAAGAGGACGCGAGAGGAGGCUGUGAGAAAGAGGGAGGCAAAGAAAGAAGGCGACAGAAAAAGAUAAAAAUUGAAGGGAUGGGAUGAGACAGAAGGGUGAUGCAGUGAUGGAGAGAGAGAGAGAGAGAGAGAAAGGGAGAGAGAGAAGGAGAGAUUGAACGCACGGAGAAAUAGGGAAAAAGGGGGGAAAAGAGAGGGAGAAGGAAGAGAGUAGAGAACUGUGCGCGCCGCAACGCUACGGGGUGGUUGCCCUCGUCUGCGCUUUGUGGGAAAUGCCCGCUCAAUAACGCGUAGGUCCUCGUCUGCCCCUUCUCACCCUCGGAGGCAUCGUAGCAAGGGCCACUGCCCCAAAAGGCACGGCCACCCGUCGAACAACCCUUAUCCUACGCUCCCUCCUACCCAUAAGACACUCCUUGAAAUCCUCCUUCUAUACUGGUCGUCUCAUACAUCUGAAAAGAUCGAAUCUUGUCCUUACACCUCGUCGUCUCUCUGAAGACAUACCCCUGUUCCAACUCGAUGGACAUGGCCGCACAUGGAUUGAUUAAUAAUGAAAUUCAAAGAUUUCAAUUGAAACAUCCAUGUAAGAUGUUUCUUUCAGACAGCAUACCCCUCUCCUUUUAUUUUCCUUUUACGUUGAGUAGACUAAAGGAAUAUUCAAUUGUAAUUUAAUGCUUCAAGUUUCAGAGGUAAAGCGUGAAUCAGCCAAUUUGUCUGCGAGGAUGAAACCUUACGAAAGCAUCGCGCUUUGCAUUCUAGCUUUUGGAGGAAAGUGGUCGAUAUCUGCCCAGUAUACCGAGGCACCUCACCCUCAUUCCAGGCAUGGUGGAACCCCCAAAGAUCGUUCGAGCAAUGACCUCGAGAUUAUAUAUUCUGCCGGUAUAGGGUGGUACAGGGUUAUUCCCCUUGAAUUUGUUCACGGUACUGUAUGUUUUAACAAAUCACAUUGAACUCGUAAUUCUUUACAAAAAACGCUCGUAUUUAUCGAUAAAGAAUAGCGGAAAAAUUUAACGAAACAAACUCGCGCGAUUAAACAUAGAUUAUUUAAUAUCAAGAGGAAAGAAAAAUUAUUCUUUUAAUUUUAAACGAUUUCGUGGAAGGAACGAAGUCGUUUUAUUCUUAGUAUUUGAGAGCUUCAAUUAUAACGAACAGCGAGGAUUCAACGUUUCGCCCCGAUAUCGAUUAACCGAGUUUUCAACAAGGACGAUAGAAAAUAAUUUGUUUCAUUCAAAUAUUUGAUGAUCCUUCUUGCAUACGACUGGUCUGCAUAGGCUUUGCAUAAUAAUUCUACGUCAAAGGGGGGUAAAUUGGCACUGGUUAUAGUUUUCGUAGCGGAUGGCAUUUAUAAGCCCUGCUAGCUACAUUUACCACAUACCGGAUCAAUAAGUACUCUUCUUGUUUCACAGGAACUGUUUUCUCCUACACAUUGCAAUGAUCUCAGAUUUUCUUCAAGUACUACGACGAUCAUUAACAUUAUAUUUAACCACGUGUACAGAAAUUCUGUUUGUAAAUCAUGGGGUCAAUUGUGUACCAAUAUAACAUACAUUUGGGGUGAUUAUAGGAGGGAGUGAAGAUUAUAUGGGUAUUAAACCGGCACGUUAGCUUUGAAUUGUUUCGCAUUACUGUAAACUAUUAGUCUACAUUGUAAGAAUCUAUUAUGCGUCCGGCAGCAAUAGAAUUAUUUUUAUUUCAGGAUCAGGUGUCACGCGUUUCCAUGGCUUUAUCGAGGGAAGUUAUUCUUUCAUUAACCGGGCUAUAUUUAUAACAAUUAGCGGUCAGCGGUGCGAAGGAUCGAUACGUUCGUUACGUGACGCUUUAUCAAUGGAAAGGACCUCGAAGGGAGGUGUUGGAAAAAAAGUGGAGUCUAGGGGAAAGAUGAAACCUGUUCGUACGAGCAACGGAAUGUCUGAGUGGCUGCCGUCCUCCUCUCAUCUCCGUGCAAUUCCACGGGUAGUAGAACGAACGAGUCGACCAGGUGAGAUCGUUCAUUCUCUGCAAGGGACAUUUUUGUCCGAACCUCGGUGCUGGAUGGCGGGACGGUGGUCGGGGCUAGCGGAAAAAACGGAUGGAAAACGGAAGGGCGAGACGAAGAGUAUCAUGAAAUGAAAAAAAAAAACAAAAAACGAGAGAACACGUUUAUAACUGGACAGAGUUGAAUGCAUAUGAAAUCGUGUUAAUCGUGUUACCAUUGGAUGCAGAUCGAAUAUUUAUUAGAUGUUACGUAUGGAAAGAUAAAUGUGUAAGAUUAGAAAGAACACGGGUGAAGACUGAAAAAGAGAGAAAGAAAGAGAUAGAGAGAACUCGUAGGAGGUUGUGGAGGAUGUCGAGAAAUGAAGGCCAACGGCCUUGACCUUGUCCGUGACUUCGUAGUGAAUGAGAAGGAAAGAGAGGGAAUGAUACAAGAAAAGACAUCGGUCAAAACAAAGUGGCCUGCUUUCUUCUUUCGUCUCGUGCGUGGUCGCGACAGGCAAAUCCAGGUAAACGGCCAGUCGAUGUUAAUGACUAAGUCACUAGGACCCCUUAGCUAGGGGCUUUGGGUGAUGGCUCAGGUAGAAGCGACCGGGCCAACGUUCCACCGUAACAGGAAAUGUAAGGAAUUGCUUCAGACUUCUGUUUGGGUAAUGACGAAGUUCAAUUAGGUGGAAAUACACUUAUAAGUCGUUACGGGUUUAUCGAAUUAUGCGUCACUGUUGUAGACACUGACCGUGUAAGUAACAGCUUUGGUAUUAUCUCGGGACAGGGAAAGAUGUAUUCUUAAAGUUUCCUCUUCUUUUGGAAGCUUAUGAUUUGGAAAAUUUAUUUUAUUUAGAUAUGGAAGUUAAAGGACAGAUUUAUUACUCACUGUGAGUAAUAAUGGUGGAUAAACUUUACAGUAAUUAGCAGGACAUGAGUCAUUUCCUUAUGAUAUUAUUUAUAUUAGUCAGAGAUCUCCGUAUCAUAGCUGCCAUUUUGGUACUCUUGUUUUAACACUAUUCUUCUAUCAAACAUACAUUUCAUGAACAUUAAUCCGAACAAGAUCAGAAAGGUAUUUAUGUUCAUUUUUAAAGCUCUUUUCAAGGUUUUUACGUAGUAAAACCACAUGACCAGACAUCUGUUCGUAAAGUCAAUAUUGCUAUUAUCGAAAGUAAUGUUUCGAUAAUACUGUACCUUUUUGCGAUUGUAGAUAAGUUUGACGUAUAAUUAUGAAUACUUUAUUGCUUACAAUGUAUCAUUUCUAAAUUCUACACUUUCAUUCAACUUACAAGUACAAGUACGUAAAAGUACAUUAUUAACCAAUUUGUAUUAUUAAUUUAUCGUUGAAGAUAAGAGGCCAUUGUUCGCAAAGAAAAAAAAUAUAAAAAUAAGAAUGAAUAAGGUGAAUGCAAAUUUCCCAAUCCCUACGCCACUGGGCAAGCAUCUAUGGUUGCAUAUGUUGAGGGCAUCAUUUGUGGCCAGUGCACUAUAGCCAAUAGGCGGCAACAAGAAGAAAUUUGGAUGAAUAAUAUGCAUAAUUGGAUAGACCCUAUUCUGUGCUGGUCACUUUGUCAACGCUAAAUUACACGAUAUCGCGUGCUCGAUGCUGAAACAUUGCAGCAUAUAGCGAACGAGGUAACUCUGGUCCAAUGGCAAAUAAGCAUUUAACUUAUAAUACCGAAUAGUAAAAAAUGAUGUCUAUAAGAGGCAUAGGAAAUUGUUGCAUACGAGCAAAUUUGGAUAAUGAUACAUUUGGUGAAUGAAAAGUGUCGAUGACCGCGAAGAAAAUGACGAAGAUUUUCCUGUUAAGAAGGGAAAAAAACGACAGGAAAAUCUCGUCUCCUGACCUCGAGGGAGUAGGAGAAGUGAGUGAGGUCGUUCCACGAUCGAUAACGCGAGUCUCUCGCGAGAAGGUGCGAAAGAACUUCGUCUGGUACCUAACGUAAAGGGCCGAAAGAAUCGAUCUCGGUUUCUAUGAAGAAGAAAGAGAGAUUUUUGAUAUCUACCGGUUUCUCCUUUGGUUAAUGGUCGAAUGAACAAGACGAGACUUUGUAGACGUAUACAUAUAUUUCAGGUAGGAUUUCUACAUAAGAGGGCAUAUGGUACACAGGUUUAUUGUCGUAUCGCAAACGGUCGCGUAUACGGGGGUGAGUGUACCACCCGCCACUGUCUGUCGUCCGUUUUUUCCUCUCUUUUCUUUUUUCAUUCUCUUCCCUCGUAUCGUCCUUCAUUUUUGUUCUUCGUCAGUCAAGUAACGCUGUUGGUAACUGGUCUCUGUCGUGCUCGUUGCUCGUUCAUUCGCAUGCCUGCCAACUGCGCGACGCCGAAACUUGUCGAGAAAACCGCGGUGAUCAUAGCCCUCUCUCCUCUACGUCAUUCGUUUAGGCAGUAAGGUUUCGGUCUUUGUUCGACAAGCUGUAGGUAGGUUAGUUAUCUCUUUGUUACUCUUAGGAAACUCUGUAAGAUAUCGUGGUAAUAUUGUGAUACGGGUGAGUGUGUGUUGAGUGGCGGUCGUGCAGACAGGUGCGGCCGCUGGAGCCCCACCGUUGGUGGUGGUGCUAGCAGCGCCUCCACGCGGCGAAUCAUCUUAGUUUCGGGCAAGAUGGGCGAACCUCGCCGGGCAGUAGCUUAGACUCUACCUACAAGACAACACAUACACUAAAUGUUUCCUAACAACAAGUAACAAUUAAUUGUACAUUUAUUUUAUUUAAGGGAACAUAAACUCUAUUUUUGUAACAUGCUGUAUUAGUAGUGCUCUGUGGAAUUUGUACGAUAGUUAAAAAAAAAAAAAAAA